CGUACACGCGAUGCUUUACCAACUUGGUUCAGACCCUGGCGCGUGUCGAGAUGCAGGUUGUUGUUUCUAGUAGGCCUUCCUACAUUUCCAUCCCUUUUGUUUUCCCUAUCAUUCCUCUUUUUGCGUGCCGGAGAUCCGCCCUUUACCUCGCCCUCCACCAUGAAGCCACGGAUAUCGGCACUCCUACACAGGCUUCCUCUACAACAACACCGACCCGUUCGAUUGGCCCCUGUCUCGCAUCCACACUUUCGUCCCAGACCCUUGGAUCGACAGCUCCUUGGGCACGCAAGAUGCUUCAACAACACUCCCUUUGCGCGCAUCGAGCCUCGACCUCUCAGAGCUGGUAGCGCAGACAGUACCAAUGCUACUCCUGCUGAGGAACUCAACAACGAAAUCACCCAAGAAGAAAAGGACGACUAUGAGAAGCAGCUCGCGGACAAAACAAGACAGAUGCGUGCACCAUGGAAUCGAGAGGGCAGUGAUGUACCUCCCGUUGCGCGGCAGAGAAGUGCAGGCGCAAUGACCAAGGGAAAACUUCUGACCACUCCGUCUCGAAUGCUCAAGCUCAUCUUGCCUUUGACGACCAAAGAUAUGAACUCGGAUCGCAAAGAUAUCGAGCCUCUUGCCCUUCUCGUGCAUCCGCAACAACCGCUUUCCUACCUCGAGCGCCUCAUUCAGGCCGAGCUUCCUACUAUAAAAGACAAGUCUGGUCGAGAGCGAAUCCCUGGCGUUCACUUCCGCGCUGAAGAUUCCAUGCAAGAUGACUUCGAGAAGUCAGAGCCCCAGAUAACACCCGUCAGCGAAGGGAGCGAGAAAGUGGAUGAAAAGGAAUCGGACUUGGAUUUCGACAAAGUAGACGAGAUCCGCGUCGACGGUAAGAUAGAGAAAACAGGCAAGCUCAGCGCCAUGAACAGGAAGACUCCAGAUGAAGCCGCCGAACUGCGAGGUGGUCACGGAAAAGGCGGCGUCGAAUCGUACUCUGGCCUCGGCCACGAAGCCCCUGUCACCAAAGAAGCCCAACGCAAGUUCGUGCGCUGGUCUUCGAGCACUGAGGUAGGCGACUUUAUUCGCGACGCCGCCAGAGGACAGGAAUUCGCCGUCGAGAUCGAAGGCACUCCAGAGAACAUCCGCGUCGGCGUGCCCAGUUUCAACGAUCGCACGUACUACCUCCGCAUGAGGCUCCGCAAGACGGCCAAGAAAAUCAGCGAAAUGGCGGACGUCAAGAAAGAUUGCGACCGACUCGCCCACAAAGGCGCACAGCGGGUCGCCAUGUGUGGAUUAGGUGUCGUAGUAGGAUGGUGGGGUCUCGUCUACAAGCUCACCUUCGGAACCGAUCUGGGCUGGGACGUCAUGGAACCCGUCACCUACCUCGUCGGUCUUUCCACCCUUAUAGGCGGUUACAUAUGGUUUCUCUACCACAACCGCGAAGUCUCGUACCGCUCUGCCAUGAACUUCACAAUCUCCCGUCGCCAGCAGAAACUCUACCAACAGCACAACUUUGACGUCCGCAAAUGGGAGAUCCUGAUUGAAGAAGGGAACGCGCUGCGCAAAGAAAUCAAGGCCGUGGCUAACGAGUACGAUGUCGAGUGGGACGAGCUCGACGAUGAGUCGGAUCAGAAGGUUGCUGAUGCGCUGAGGAAGGAUCGUAAGAAGAAGAAGGCAGGCAAGGAGAAGGAGGAUGACGAUGAACCCCCUUCUUCCUCGCCUUCGUCUGGUGGCGGGAAGGCUGAAGCUCGGGCGACCAAGUCGUAG